AUGAAGAUCCCGGUUCUUCCCGCCGUGGCUCUGCUCUGUCUGCUGGCGCUCCACUCUGCCCGGGGUGCUGCCCUGGGGGGCUCCGAGGAAGAAACCACCAUCGGGAACUACGUGGCGGGAUCCGAGGCUUUUAAGCCUGAUGAAUUCCUGAACUGGCACGCGCUCUUCGAGGCCAUCAAAAAGAAACUUCCUUUCCUCAACUGGGAUGCUUUUCCUAAGCUGAAAGGACUGAGGAGUGCGACCCCUGAUGCCCAGUGACAUGGCCUUCAAGACCCAGCACUGCCGACCCCACUGGAAGAGGAGGCUGGCGUGGGAUCCGGCUCCCUUCCUACGAUGAUGCGUUCCUGGUUCAGUAACCACAAUAAAAUGUUUUCCAUCUAAA